AUGGAUGAAAGCGGUCCGCUCCGAUUCCCUAGAAACCUAGACCCGUCGGCACAAGAGUUUUGGCCGGCCAGCAACGUUGUUUUCCGACCCCAAUUUCCAAUCUUUACUCCUCUCCAAAUUUACUACCCAUACGCUGCUGCAUCUCCGACGGUUCCUCUUUGCAACAUCGGCGUAACGCCUUUCCAUGCUAUGAUUCCAGUACAUGUACCUGCACCUGCACCUGCACCAGCGCCUUACGUUGCACCCCAGCCUUCACUUCCUCCUCCGACGGCGGCGGCGACGAGGGCUUUGGUGUUGACGUCGGUUCCAUGCGAUGUGAGCGAGACGGAGGUGCGGAAAGAAUUGGAAGUGUUCGGGGAAGUACGCGGGGUUCAGAUGGAAAGGGUCCGAGAAGGGACCGUGACCGUCCAUUUCUACGACCUGAGACAUGCUGAGAAAGCGUUGAAGGAGAUAGUAGACCAGCACAUGCAACGGCAAACCAGUGUCCUGGACCAGUACGUUGCAUCUGCUGCCGGGUGCGACCCCAACGCUCGUGUACUCAUAGCGGGGAGACCUGUUUCGGCGCACUUCAUUAUUCCGGCGAGUAACGCUGUUCCCGACGGGAUUAAUCAAGGAACUAUCGUAGUUUUCAAUUUGGAUCCCUCCGUUCCAGUUUCGAAACUCAAAUAUAUUUUCCAAGCUUAUGGCCCAGUGAAGGAACUAAGAGAAACGCCAUUGAAAAAACACCAAAAGUUUGUGGAGUUUUAUGAUGUAAGGGAUGCGGCUAAGGCAUUAAGAGAAAUGAAUGGAAAAGAAAUUAACGGUAAACAAGUUGUAAUCCAAUUCAGUCGGCCCGGUGGAUAUAGUAGGAAGUUCUUUAAUGGUGAUAUUAAAGCUUUCACAGAUAAAUACAGUCACCAUACAAGAAAUUCGAAGUACCCAUCUCCUCCUCCUCCUGCGCCACCGCCGCCACCAUCUUUAUUGGCUCGUAGUUUUUUUCCAAACAAUGUUAUACCCCAUUCCUUUGUUUAUCGAAGCCAAUCGCCUACUACGAAAGUGACGAAUUCUAGUGAACGAAACCCUAAUGGAAUGGCUGAAGGGGUUGAAGACAAGGUUGGUAGCGGUGGGGGAGGUCCGAAGAAGACUGUAAAGAAGAACCGAAAUUACCCGUUGACGUCGAGUAGUAGCAAUGGAAGUAAGCAACAGCUGCAGCAGCCGUGUCGGGGCAAGCCAUGGAAAGGUAGACAAGCGAAAAAGUUCGAUCCUCGUUUCCUUAUAAGUGAAGACGCCGUGGUAGAAUCUAUUUGCAAAGAUUCCAGGACCACUGUCAUGAUCAAGAACAUACCCAACAAGUAUAGUCAGAAAUUGUUGUUGAACAUGUUGGACAAUCACUGCAUUCACUGCAACGAGCAAAUCGCCACUGACAGCGGCAAUCAGCCCUUGUCUUCCUACGAUUUUGUCUACCUCCCUGUUGAUUUCAUCAACAAGUGUAAUGUAGGGUAUGGAUUCGUGAACAUGACAUCUCCACAAGCAACAUGGAGGCUUUACAAGGCUUUUCAUCAUCAACAUUGGGAAGUUUUCAACUCCAGAAAGACCUGUGAAGUUACUUAUGCCAGAGUUCAGGGAUUAGAGGCGUUGAAAGAACAUUUCAGAAACUCAAGGUUCCCAUGCGAAAUGGAUAACUACCUUCCGGUAGUAUUUUCGCCGCCUCGAGAUGGAAAACAACUGACUGAACCACUUGCUAUAGUUGGUCAAAAGCAGCUGCAAUCCCUCGUCAGUGGUCCCUUGUCGGCCCAAGCCAACGGCGAAGGUGAUGAUGAUGGCUAUCAUAGCGUGAUGGAGGUCUAA